UUUGAAUUUAACGUCCGUUGUUUAGAGCCAAGCAGAGCGGGAUUGGUGUGUUUGUGUGGAGUUGGGAUGGAGGCUUCAGUGUCUAAUUUGGAGAUCUGUAAUUUAGCCUACACAGGCAAAUUUGAGCAGCUGAAGAAAUGCAUUCUGUCUGACAGAAGUCUGGCGACCAAAACAGACCAGGAUCACAGGACUGCUUUGCACUGGGCCUGUUCAGCUGGACAUGUAGAUAUUGUACAGUUUCUUUUGGAUAUUGGAGUUGAAGUGAAUCUUAAGGAUGAUGCUUCUUGGACCCCUCUACAUAUCGCAGCUUCUGCAGGAAGAGAAGAAAUUGUGAGAUCCUUAAUAACCAAAGGAGCACAGCUUAACUCAGUCAACCAGAAUGGUUGCACCCCUUUACAUUAUGCAGCAUCAAAGGACCGAUAUGAGAUAGCCCUGCUUUUAUUGGAGAACGGUGCAGACCCAAAUGCUACAGAUAAACUAGAAUCCACACCUCUACACAGAGCGUCAGCGAAGGGCAACUAUCGUCUCAUCCAGCUUCUCCUAAAACAGAGCGCUUCUACCAAUAUACAGGACUCUGAGGGCAACACCCCUCUCCAUCUUGCAUGUGAUGAAGAGCGGGUAGAGGCCGCAAAGCUCUUAGUGGAACAUGGUGCCAGCAUCUACAUUGAGAAUAAAGAGGAGAAGACACCUUUACAGAUUGCCAAAGGUGGGCUUGGAACUUUGCUUAGGAGGAUUGUAGAAGGCUGAGGAAUGCCCGGCUGGGCAGUGCACUAGCAGCUUCCUGCUGAACUGGUUUACACAGAUGUGAUGAGUGAGCGACUAAGUGGAUGGUGGACAGCAGAACAUUGUUCAUGAAAAUAAGAAGAGAAGAGAGUGUUAUUGACAGGACUUGGGAAUGUUAAGUUUAAAAAUACAAAAUUACAUCAUGUGGUUUAUCCUUAAUGUCAAAACAUUUUCAUUUUUAUAGUGUUAAGCUUAUAAUUUCAGACUUGAUAACCAAACAAACACUUCUCUUGCAUACCCAGGCCAUAGCUAACACAUACCAUAGGUAUUUUGUUCUAAGUAGUUGUACAGGUUUGACAGUAUGGAAAUCUUCAUCACUACAAAGUCAUGUAGUUCAAGAUGGAAACUAUUUUAAAGGAAAAUAAAAUUAAAAAAUGAAAUUUAAA